AUGGGCAAGAAGCGCGUUCUCGUGAGCUAUGGCGUCGAUGUAGACGCUGUGGCCGGUUGGUUAGGCUCAUACGGCGGCGAGGACUCGACCAACGACAUCAGCAGAGGCUACUUUGCCGGCACCGUGGGCACGCAGCGCGUCCUCAAGCUGCUCAAUAAGUACAACAUUAAGGGCACGUGGUUCAUCCCGGGGCACUCGCUCGAGACGUUCCCCGAGGAAAUGGCGGCGGUGCGCGACGCGGGCCACGAGAUUGGCCUGCACGGUUACUCGCACGAGAAUCCGACAGACAUGACCAUUGAGCAGCAACGCGUCAUCCUCGACAAGACGUACAAGAUGCUCACUGAGUUCGCUGGCAAGCCGCCCCGGGGCAGCGUCGCGCCCUGGUGGGAGACGUCCGUCGAGGGCGCGCAGCUGCUGCUCGACUACGGCAUCGAGUACGACCACAGCAUGAGCCACACGGACUGCGAACCCUACUACCUCCGCACAGGGGACACCUGGACGCCCAUUGACUACAAACAGCACCCGGAUGCCUGGAUGAAGCCCCUCGUGCGCGGCCAGGAGACGGGCCUCGUCGAGAUCCCCGCCAACUGGUACCUGGACGACCUACCGCCCAUGAUGUUUAUCAAAAAGGCGCCCAAUAGCCACGGCUUUGUCAACGCCCGCGACGUGGAGGACAUCUGGCGCGAUCACUUCGACUACUUCUACAGGGAGUACGACGAGUUCAUCUUCCCAAUCACCAUUCACCCGGAUGUGUCGGGACGGCCACAUGCGAUCCUGAUGCAUGAGCGCUUGAUUGAGUACAUGAAGGGGCAUGAGGGCGUGGAGUUUGUGACCAUGGCGGAGAUCUGCGAUGACUUUAAGGCAAAGGCCAAGGCGCCCGACGGGGCGGUGAUGCCUGCUGCGCCAGGGGCCAUGUUGAAGUAG